CGCGGCGCUUCCUUUCUUCUUGCUUGGUGCGGCGCUCCAAUAUGUCGAUGCUAGAAGGUCCGUUAAACGUGUUCGGCCAGAGAACAACCGGCGAAUCGGUUCGCACUCAAAAUGUCAUGGCCGCAGCGUCCAUCGCCAACAUCGUUAAGAGCUCCCUCGGACCUGUUGGCCUCGACAAGAUGCUGGUGGACGACAUAGGGGAUGUGACCAUCACCAACGAUGGGGCGACCAUCCUGAAGCUGUUGGAAGUGGAGCACCCAGCUGCCAAGGUCCUCUGUGAACUGGCUGACCUGCAGGACAAGGAGGUCGGGGACGGGACCACGUCUGUGGUCAUUCUUGCUGCAGAGUUGCUAAAGAGUGCAGAUGAGCUGGUGAAGCAGAAAAUUCACCCUACAUCAGUCAUCAGUGGAUACCGCCUGGCAUGCAAAGAAGCAGUGCGCUACAUUAAUGAGAACUUGACCAUCGGGACGGAUGACCUGGGCAGAGAAUGUUUAAUCAAUGCAGCCAAGACUUCCAUGUCCUCCAAAAUCAUUGGAGUUGAUUCAGAGUUCUUUGCCAACAUGGUGGUGGAUGCUGCCUUGGCUGUGAAGUUUACUGACAGCAAAGGAGUGGCCAAAUAUCCCAUCAACUCAGUGAACGUGUUAAAAGCCCACGGCCGCAGCCAGAAAGAAAGUUUCUUGGUCAACGGAUAUGCACUGAACUGCACAGUUGGUUCACAAGGAAUGGUGAAGCGUGUUGUAAAUGCCAAGAUAGCUUGCCUGGACUUCAGCCUGCAGAAGACCAAAAUGAAGCUGGGAGUCCAAGUCGUCAUCAACGAUCCAGAGAAGCUCGACCAGAUCAGACAGAGGGAGUCUGAUAUCACCAAGGAGAGGAUCCAGAAGAUUUUAGCAUCAGGAGCAAAUGUUGUUUUGACCACUGGUGGCAUCGAUGACAUGUGUCUCAAGUACUUUGUGGAUAUCGGGGCUAUGGCAGUUAGACGGGUUCUCAAGAAGGACCUCAAACGUAUCGCCAAGGCAACAGGAGCCACCGUCUGCCCCUCGCUGUCUAAUCUGGAAGGAGAGGAAACGUUUGAAGCCACGAUGCUCGGCCAGGCGGAGGAGGUCGUGCAGGAGCGCGUCUGUGACGACGAACUCAUUCUUAUCAAGAAUACCAAAGCUCGCACCUCGGCCUCGAUCAUUCUGCGCGGAGCUAACGACUUCAUGUGCGAUGAGAUGGAGCGCUCCCUGCACGAUGCUCUCUGUGUGGUCAAGAGGGUCCUUGAGUCCAAGUCUGUAGUACCUGGAGGUGGCGCUGUGGAGGCAGCUCUGUCGAUCUACCUGGAAAACUACGCCACCAGCAUGGGUUCCAGAGAGCAGUUGGCUAUUGCAGAGUUUGCACGCUCUCUUCUCGUCAUCCCCAAGACGCUGGCUGUGAACGCAGCACAGGACUCCACUGACUUGGUGGCCAAACUUCGAGCCUUCCACAACGAAGCCCAGGUCAACCCCGAACGCAAGAAUCUCAAAUGGAUCGGUCUGGACUUGGUGAACGGCAAACCCAGAGACAACAAGCAGGCCGGUGUGUACGAACCCACCAUGGUCAAGACGAAAAGCCUCAAGUUUGCCACCGAGGCCGCCAUCACCAUCCUCCGCAUCGAUGACCUCAUCAAACUGUUCCCGGAGCCGAAAGAAGGCGGGCAUUCGUACAAAGAUGCCAUUGAAUCCGGGUCUCUAGAGAACUGAGAGGCUGAUCGGGCCGGUUAGAUUCAAUAUCUGUAUUUAUAGGUUAAGCUUUUCAUGGCUGUUGCGUUUACUAUAGGCGUGCACUUUGCCCAUUCACUGUUCUCCCACUCCCCAUCGUCUUUGGAGCUUCCGCUUCUAAAGAACGUUUUGUUUAUGGACACAUAAUAAAGCUUCAGUGGUUGUAAA